UCCACAGGUAAAACGUCCACGUGACUUCUUGUAAGUGCUGGGGUAAAGAGAAAGUAAAACACACACACACAUACACAGAAGUGCAGUCAGUGAAGGUGACACAGGGAGCUGCAGUCGCAGGAGAAAUCAAGACAGCGACGAGAGAUGGAUUCAUAUUUAAUAGCUGGUCGGGAGAAGUGUUACGACCCUCGCGAUUGGACACUUAUAUUUGUGGACAGGGAGGAUGAGUUAGACUUUUUGUGCGAAGGUUUCAGGUCUCGUAGAGCGUUGAUGUCCUGUGGACACGCUGUGACCCCGAUGUCUCUGACCAACUGGUGUCGCAGGUUGUUAGAACAGGGUGAGAGCAGAUUUGUGUGUGGAGUGUACGGUUGUAGUGCUGAGUGGUCUUGCAUGGAGGUUCGUAAAAUGGCUCUUCUGACCCAGGAAGAAACUGCGUACUUUGAAGCAGCCAUGGCCUACAAUACCAAGAAUAACUUACAAACCAAAAUAUGUCCUGGAUGCAAAUCUGAUGUGGUCAGAGAGAACGAGUCUGAUCUGAGAGUCCGCUGCUCAGUGUGCACAGCUAACAGAAGAUGGCCUUAUGAAUUCUGCUGGCAGUGUUUGAGGGAAUGGAAGGGUCGGGCUCCACGGUCAGACCGCUGUGACAAUGACGGCUGCUGCGACCAGUCACUGAUAUUACUUCACACCUGUCCAGAUAUCACCUUUGAGAGUGUAGAGGUCACUGGCUGUCCCUCCGUCCGUGCCUGUCCCACUUGUGGCCAACUGUUGGAGCAUAACAAAACUCAAUGUAAAAAUGUCAUCUGUCCCUGGUGUCAAGUGAGUUCUGUUUUGUGCCUGAAACUCACUGAUGACUGUUUGGAAACAAGUGAUUAUUCAGUACAUUGCUCCAGUGGUGUUGCCCCUAGACAGACCUCUAUACCUGUGUGGAGGAGAAAAUAAUGUAAACAACACUAUGUGAGUGCUUCAGUUUGUUUUGAUGUGUUUUUUCUGCAGCAUUGCUGUAUUUUCCACAUCUCUUCAUUGAAACAUCCAGUGAACAAUGUUCUUGUUUUGUUUGUGAGAAAUUGGCAGCAAAAUGUGACCAUCAUAGCUGAUGCACACCUGAAUUAUAAGGCUGAGAACAGUGACAUCUGAGUCUGAAGCAUUUAUCACUUCAGAAAUUUGAAUUUACCUGGAAAAUAUAUCUUCUUAUCCUUCCAUACCAAUCACAUUUUGUUAUUUGUUUAAUUGUGUAUUGCUUUCCUGUUCGUUCUUGUUAAAGUGAAUAUACAUAUAUACAAUUCAUUUGAGUGAAUGAUUAUUAUUAUUAUUUCUGUUUCACAUUAAAAUAAGAAUGUAUCCCUGGAUUAAAACAAGCAAUGCUCUGUAAAACAGAACGACACAAAGACAAAACUUAAAAUGCUGUAUAGGCUGUUAGCUCUGUCAUCAGUUGAGAAUUAAAAAUAUGUCUGCGCCACUGUA